GAGGCCUGUGUUGGCAGGAGAAUGUGUCCCUGGCCGACAUCCUGUCCCUGCGGGACAGUGGCCUCAGCGAGCAAGAGGCCUGGGCCGUGUGCCUGGAGUGCAGCUUGUCCAUGAGGAGCGUCGCCCACUCGGCCAUCUUCCAGACCCUCUGCAUCACUCCAGACACCCUGGCCUUCAACACCAGCGGGAACGUGUGCUUCAUGGAGCAGCUCAGCGAUGACCCCGAGGGUGCCUUUGUUCCCCCGGAGUUCGAUGUGACUGGGAACACUUUUGAGGCUCACAUCUACUCUCUGGGGGCCACGCUGAAGGCUGCACUCGAGUAUGUGGCAGAGCCAGGGCUGGAGCCCAAGCUGAGCCGAGAUCUGGAGGUGCUGCUGGACCAGAUGCAGGCUGAGGACCCCAGGGCCCGGCCAGACCUUGAGAGCAUCAUCGCACUGUGUGAGGAGAAGAUGCAGCUCAUGUCCUCCUGGCGCCUGUGCCGCAGCCUCUCGGCCGUCGGGAGGAGGGUGCUCUCCAUCGAGUCCUUCGGGGCGUUCCAAGAUGUCAGCGAGAGUGCCUGGAGGGGGAGACUUGCUCCAAGAAGUGUGGGGCCCAAGAGGCAGCCUGGGGACCACGGCGCUGACCUAGAGGCCCUACCCGCCCCUCAGGGCCGGCCCAAGACCCCCGCCUGCGACCCCAGGACCCUACUCUCCAAGCCUCUGCUGUCACCCCCUGUGAAAAACGGAGAAAGCCACAGCCGGGAGGGGCUGGCCAGCCUCUUCCUGGACACCCAGCGCCCCGCAGAGAGGGGCCGCCUGAGGAAAGUACAGACGGUGCCCCGGCUCCUGCCCGAGGGCCUCGAGGCCAGUGCCCUCUGCCUGCCGCAGGCCAGCGUGAAAAACCAGUUGCCCACAUCUGAAUUCUUCCCUGCAGGCCCCAGGAAGGCUUUUCCUGAGAGGAAAAAUGGCCUUUCCAGCUUCAGAGCCCAGCCCAAGUCCAGACUGUGGCCGGAGCAGGAGCCUGAGCUCCAGGGGGAAGGGGCUCCGGGUGUGGGGGACGGGGACGGGGCGGCUGGGGUGCCUGACCAGAACCCUGUGGAGAAACACCACCCACCCUCUUCUGAGAACCCUCAAGAUGCAGGCGGAGACCCAGGGACUUUGGGGGCCGAUGAGCAGAUUCCUGAAGGAGCCGGAGAGCCAGGAAGUGCAGCCUCAGAGCAGGGUGUCUCCCUGCAGGACCUCCUGUCGAAGCUGGGCCGGCCCUUCAAGGAGUAUGAAUUAUGGGCUCUGUCCCACGCCUGCCUCAGCGCUCUGGGCACCCACCGCUGGCACCCAGCCUACCUGUGUCCAGACUCCGUGCUGGUGGCAGAGGAUGGGGCUGUGCUUUUCGGGCCACCCCCUGCCAAUGGCGUUUCCAACUCGUUCUUUCUGGCCCCCGAGGUUGCAGAGCAGAAGCUGGUGACUGAAAAGGCCUCAGUGUACUGUGUCGCCGCAGUGCUGUGGACAGCGGCCAAGUUCAGUGUCCCCCAAGACCACAAGCUGGCCCUGCCACACAGGCUCAAGACCCUUCUCCUGGAAAUGGCCAGACGCAGUGCCCAGGAGCGGCCAUCUGUGGCCGAGGCCAUCAAGAUAUGUGGCAGUUACCUCCUUCAGCGAGGCAUGGACAGCAGAAAGAUUUUAGCCCACCUGAGGGCAUCUACCUAUAAGGUUUACCAGGAGGAAGAGACCAUCAGUCUCCAAAAUGUGUUCUCAGUGGUUGAACUGACCCCCAGUGCAGCACCCACUCCCGGGUCCAGCUCAGGCUUUGUGCAGGUCGGCAGUGACACCAGACUCGUGGCUGUGCAGGGGCCUGUGCCUGGUCAACCCUCCUGCUGCGAGGGGCCCUUGGAGCUGCCCGAAGCAUUCACCUCCCCAGCCACGCACUUCAAGCCCAUCGUCCUCGCACCAGACGCAGGUGCGGCCAGGGAGGGACUUGCCAGGGCCUCAGGGCCAGCAGAGAGGCCAGAGGAGAGGAAAGGCAGGCUGGAUGGGGACAUCGAUGGGCAGAAGGCUCCUGAGGCCCACACAGUGGCCACCAGCUUGGAGACACCUCACCAGCCGGCGCCUGGUCCCAGAUCAUGUGGCACAGCCCCAGGACCCUCCAGAGAGUUGGCGCCAAGAGGGUUGGCCCAGGAGUGCCCCCAUACCCCAGCUCCCACCUCAUCAGUGAUACCCCAGUCUUCUGUCCCAGCCCCACCCCUGAAGGCACAGGAGCCACUCCAGGAACAAGAGCCAGAGGAGACAGUCCCACCUGCAGCCUCUUCCAGAGGCCUUGGGCCCCAUACACCAGAGCCCACUACAGCCCGCCAUGGCCUGCAUCACCCGGCCAAGCCACCCAGGAGCAAGGCCACCAAGGGCCCAGGCCAGGAGCCCCAGGGCCCCCCACUCAACCCCUCCCUGGUCAAGGCGAGUCCAGACAGCCCCAAGGGUACCCCAGACAGUCACCCCGAGCAACCCCGGCCAGCAGACCGCAAGCUGUGUCUAUCCAAUGUGGACGCCUUGCUUGUCCCGAAGAGCACGUCCUGCCCAUCCCUGCAGGAGGCCACACGCCUCAUCCAGGAGGAGUUCGCCUUCGACGGCUACCUGGACAAUGGGCUGGAGGCUCUGAUCAUGGGGGAAUAUAUUUACGCCUUGAAAGAUCUCACCUACGCCACUUUCUGUGGGGCCAUCUCAGAGAAGUUUUGUGAUCUCUACUGGGGGGAGAAGCUGCUGCAGAACCUUUUCAAAGUGGUGAAUGAGAGGACGUCACCCCCCAAGAACAUUUCGGAAGAGGCCGGGUCACAGCCCGAGGGCGGCAGCCAGGCCAGUGCACGAAUCGGUUGCUCACCAUCCAGCAAACGGCCCUUGCUGCACGGAGCAGGGAAGGACACACUGGCCACUCACAGCAGCAGAGCCCCCUGCCCAGCCCCCUCUCUGUCCGACGUGGACUCAGAUGAGCUGUCCCGGGGCAACUUGGAGGUGGGAUUUCGGCCUCAGAAGUCGGUAAAAGCCGAGAGGGAGCAGCCGCCAGAGACUGAAGCGGGCCAACCGCAGGCAGGAGGCCCGGAGCCAGCCAAAGGGACCUCAGACUUGGAGGCAGUGGCCCAGCUGGCCAGGCCUGAGGAGGGUGGCCUAAUUGUGAACCCGGGCCCAGCGGAGUUCCAGAGCUGCAGCCCCGGCUGGAGCAGCGCCUUCUACGAGGCCGACUGCUUUGGCGCCGACGUCCACAACUUCGUGAAGGAGCUGGAGGGGCGGAAGGCCGAUGGGGCCCCUGACACGUCAAGCCCAGAGCUGGAGCAGCAGCUCAUGAUGGAGAAGAGAACCUACCGGAAGACCCUUAAGUUCUACCAGAAGCUCUUACAGAAAGAGAAGCGAAGCAAAGGCUCCGAGGUGAAAAUGAUGCUGUCCAAACUCAAGGGGCAGCUGGAAGAAAUGAAGUCGAAGGUGCAGUUCCUCGGACUGGUCAAGAAGUAUCUACAGGUCCUGUAUGCGGAGCGGUGGGGCCUGGAGCCCUGUGCCCUGCCUGUGAUCGUGAACAUCUCCACGGCCCACUGCGACACACUGGACUUCAGCCCCCUUGAUGAGUCUUCGUCUCUCAUCUUCUACAACGUCAGCAAGCACCCACGCGGCAGCAGGCAGAGGAAGGCCCGCGUCCUGCAGGCCGGCACGCCUCUGGGGCUCAUGGCCUACCUCUACUCCAGCGACGCCUUCCUGGAGGGCUACGUGCAGCAGUUCCUGUACACCUUCCGCUACUUCUGCACACCCCACGACUUCCUGCACUUCCUUCUCGACCGCAUCAGCAGCACCCUGUCCAGGACCCACCAGGACCCCACCUCAACCUUCACCAAGAUCUACAAGCGCAGCCUCUGCCUCCUGCAGGCCUGGGUGGAAGACUGCUACACUGUGGACUUCACCAGGAACGCCGGGCUGCUGGGGAGGCUCGAGGACUUCAUCUCCUCCAAGAUCCUGCCCCUGGACGGCUCCGUGGAGCACCUGCUGGGCCUCCUGGAGGUGGGCACAGACCGGAGGACUGAGGGUGCCCCACACAGCACAGACCUGGAGGACCCCAAGGAGACCGAGGAGGUCACUAGACCCCUCAACGCCCUCUGUAAGAGGCUUUCGGAAGACAGCAUCUCCCGCAAGAGCUUCCCCUGGAAGCUGCCCCGGGGCAAUGGGCUGGCACUGCCACACCACAAGGAGCGCCAGUACACCAUCGCAUCCGCCCUGCCCAAGCCCUGCUUCUUCGAGGACUUCUGCGGCCCCUACGCCAAGGCCAGCGAGAAGGGGCCCUACUUCCUGACUGAGUACAGCACCCACCAGCUCUUCACCCAGCUGACACUGCUACAGCAGGACUUGUUUCAAAGGUGCCACCCUGUCCACUUCUUAAACUCGCGAGCCCUGGGCGUAAUGGACAAAAGUGCGGCCAUUCCUAAAGCCAGCUCCUCCGAGUCUCUGUCGGCCAAAACCUGCAGCUUAUUUCUGCCCAAUUACGUCCAGGACAAGUAUCUGUUACAGCUGUUAAGAAAUGCAGAUGAUGUCAGCAACUGGGUAGCUGCCGAGAUCGUGACCAGCCACACCUCCAAGUUGCAGGUAAAUCUGCUUUCCAAAUUUUUGCUGAUUGCAAAAUCAUGCUACGAACAGAGGAACUUUGCAACUGCCAUGCAGAUCCUGGGUGGCCUGGAGCACCUUGCCGUAAGGCAGUCCCCGGCCUGGAGACUUUUACCUGCAAAGAUAGCAGAGGUCAUGGAGGAGCUGAAAGCCGUGGAGGUGUUCCUGAAGAGCGACAGCCUGUGUCUAAUGGAAGGGCGACGCUUCCGGGCCCAGCCCACCCUGCCCUCAGCCCGCCUCCUGGCCAUGCACAUCCAACAGCUGGAGACCGGGGGCUUCACCAUGACCAAUGGGGCCCACAGGUGGAGCAAGCUCAGAAACAUAGCCAAGGUGGCGAGCCAGGUGCACGCGUUCCAGGAGAACCCCUACACCUUCGCUCCCGACCCCAAGCUGCAAUCCUGCCUCAAGCAAAGAAUCGCACGGUUCAGUGGGGCUGACGUGUCCAUCUUAGCUGCAGACAGCAGGGCCAGCUUCCACCAGAUGGUCAGCGAAAAGCAUUCUCGGAAGAUUCAGGACAAGUUACGGAAAAUGAAAGCCACGUUCCAGUGACGGAGGACGGUGGGUCUGGAUGUGAGAUUCCACACCAAGGACAGAGCUGGGGAGAAAGGAGCCCACCUGCUCACUGCUCCAGGCCAAACGGCCCUGCGGGUGCAGCACCCGCCGCCUUAGACUAGGGACCCCCAACACGGGCCCAGCCUGGGCCUCUGGGUGCCAGGAUGGGGGAGCAUGAGGCUCAGACCACAACCAGGAGGGAAUGAGCACCAGUGCAGGUCAGGGUGUUUCUGUUAGAAAAUUUAAAAAAUCUUUUUAAUGAAAAUAGAGUAAGUCAGGACCCCAGGAUCAGAGAAAAACGGCUCUCACC